AUGGGCGUCAAGAGAGCCAGCCUGGCCAGCUCCAUCGAUGAUCUUGUCGCAUCGGCAGAGGCAAAAACAAUCCUGGCCCGAUGUCAGGACAAUGCUGCUCUGGCAAUGAAGGUCCUCAAGUACUUGGAGCAGGGGCUUUUCGAUGGCCCGACGGAAGCAACUUGCCCUGACUUCACCAGGUGCGUUUCUCUUCCUGCUUGCUCUGCUUCUUUCCCAAAUCAGGACUGCCUGGCGGCAUAUGACGACAAGCUGGUGACGACGGCCCGAGUGGACAGGGCUCCAGACCAAUUCGUGAAAUAUUGUCUGUCGAAGCUGCGGGCCGAUUUCAACAUAAGCGACUCCACGUCGUUCCCUCGGUCCACAGGGGACCGCAGGCUCGUCUGGAUGUUCGCACUGGACCUCAGUGCAUCCAGCAUUCUUCCUGCUGCUGAGCAGCCGGGCCCGAAUGCUGGCCCGAAGAAGAGAGCCCGAACAGACCGAAAGGGCGGAAAGGCUGUCAGACAGUACUCUGCCUUGGCUGCUUGGGCAGUGGAACGGCAUACUUCCUUGGGGUCGGUGCUGCAGCACAUCGACACCAAGAACUGGUCCGAGUAU